AUGCCGUACGUGCUGGAGUUUGACGUCAACCAUGAGCACUUUGGGGUCAUGCAUCGGUACGUCCGUGACGUGCUGGAGGACGCCGGACUCGAUGUUGAGCACGUCGACAUCGGAGGUGAUGGCGAGAGUGCAGUAGCGGGAAGCGGUGAUGAUGGUAGUCGCAGAUGGUUUCUGGUCGUGCGGGCCUCGCGGGCGCGGCUGGAGAAGGAGUACACCCGUGAGCGAAGGCUGGGCAUCGGCCUGUUUGCCGGCGAUGAUCCGGUGGCGCUCGACGAUAGCGACGAGAACGAUGACAUCGACAACAUCGGCGAUGAGAACGGCAAGAGCGACGACGGUGAUGAAAUCUCGGGCGCGAUGCGGAGUGGAGAGGCUGUCUUUAACGCCCGUGAUGCCCUGGUUCUCCUGCGGGAGAUUGUCGACGGCGUAGAGGUGGCCGAGAGCGACAUGGACCUGUCGAUCAAGUCGCGGCGGCGGUACGGCGGCAUGCUUCCGCCGCUGGCUGAGUGUGGGCUGGGCAUGUACGAGCCUGUCGUCGAGAGCCUCAUCCAUACCUCGAACUCGCUCAUCCAGCAAGCCUUUCCGCUGCAUGCGCGGCGCGCGCGGACCGAGGUCUGGCACAGCGUGAUGGCAGUGCGGGAGACGGCCGUGCCGGAGCCUGUCCGCGAGUACUUUGGCGACAAGGCCACGCUCUUCCUCGAGUGGGCGCUUUUCUACACCAAGUGGAUGGUGGUGCUCGCGGGGCUGGGGCUGGCGGUCUGGCUGCUGGAGGAAGUGGAUCACUCGCACGACAACGUGCUUGUGGCGGCGUACUCGGCGGGGCUCGUCGUCUGGGCCUCGGGCUUUGCGCUCUUCUGGGCGCGGCGCCAGUCUGCGCUGGCGUGGGAGUGGGGCACGCUCGACAUCGACGACGCGCUCGCUGAGGAGGUCCGGCCCGAGUUUGAGGGCGAGAUGGACGAGUCGCCGGUGACCGGCCGGCUGGUCAAGACCUACCCCGAGUGGAAGCGGCAACUCAAGUACGCGGUCUCAGUUCCGGUCACCCUCGCCAUGCUCGGCGUCUCAGUGGCAGUCAUGGUGGCAGGCCUCAAUGCGACGGCAGCGAUUGAUCCUGACUCGUUCCUCUUUGUGCCCGCACUCAACGGCCGCGGCGGCGACGGGCGCGGGCUCGCUGCCGACGACGACUCGCUGGUAGUCGGCAUGCUGCCGUCGCUGGUGUACACGGUCGUCAUUCUUGUGGUCAACGAGGUCUACUCGCGCAUCGCUGUCUGCCUCAACAAGUGGGAAAACCACCGGACGCGCGAGUCAUACGAGGCUGCGCUCAUUCUCAAGCAGAUUCCGUUCCAGCUCUUCAACUCGUUUGUGGGGCUCUUCUACCUCGCCUUUGUCGAGUGCAACAUGGUCGAGCUGAGGGUCCAGCUCCGCGAUCUGUUCAUGACCGACUGGGUCCGCCGCGUCGUCGUCGGGGCCCUCAUUCCAUACGUUCUCAAAAAGUACGCCGAGUACACCGACGCCGCCGUGGUAGCCGCCAGCAAGAAGGCCGACGCGCCGGUGCCGAGCUCUUCGCCCCGCUUUGUCCUCGAGCUCCUCGUCGAGGCUGAUCAGGAUCGCAUGGCCACCUUUGACGACUGGACCGAGCUGGUGACCCAGCUCGGAUACGUCGCCUUUUUCUCGGCAGCCUUUCCGCUCGCGCCGCUGCUUGCGGUCCUUGGCAAUGUCGUCGAGCUCCGCGCUCUUGUCUUCCGCUACGCUUUCCUCGUCCAGCGGGCCGAUCCUGUCCGCGCCAAGUCCAUCGGCGUGUGGAUGGCCAUCGUCAAGCUUGUCUGCCUUCUCGCAGUCAUCAUCAAUGUCGGCAUCUUUGGCUACACCACCAACCAGGCCCGCGCCGUCUUUGCCUUUUUCGGUCUUGACCUCUCCAUCGUCGGUCACAUGGCUCUUGUCAUCACCCUCGAGCACGCCGCCGUCCUCGCUAAGGCCGUCGUUGAGUGGGUCGUCCCCGAGAUCCCGGCAUGGGUCACCAUCGCUCGCGCCCGCACUCGCUUCCUUCUCGCCCAGUCCAUCCGUGAGCGCGAACGUCGACGAAUCCAGGAGCGCGAGCGCGAGCGCCGCCAGGCCCAGCAUCGAACGAUCCGAAAGUAA